GUAUGAGAUAUUUCAAAACCAUGCAAAAACGUUCAACCUUUUAUAAGCAAAAUGGUCUAGAUUAUCUUGUCAAGUAAACCUUGUGGAAUUCAAUGGGAUUUCCAUGAAUGAAUAUUUCCUAAAAGUAAUUCGUUUGAAUGAACAAUAUUUCCAAGUGUACCCUGUGCAGAGAGAAAGUCCUAAUAUAAGGGAUCCUGUAGGAUGGUGUGGGAUGAUUUUUUCAAAAACUAAUAGGAAACGUUAAAACCAGUGAGACCAACGUGUUGUAAAGAGGAUUGAAUUACAGACUACGGGUUGCUGAACUGAAGAUUUUGAAGAGUCGAUUUCAAAACUGCAUGGUCUUGCUAGGAGUCAAGAUUGAUUCUCCCACAUACAUGUGCUCUGAUUCUGCCUUAGCCACAAAAAAAACGAGUGAAAGUGGGCCAGUUAACCACCUCUACACUCGGUAAGAAGGCCGCUUUUGAAAAGCUUUUAAAGUCUGCGUGGACCGAAAAGUAGCUGCCAGGAGUCAACACUGAUAGUGCAAAAAAAGAAAAACAACUCACCAAGGAGUCAAAUCAUUCCACAAAAUACAGUAAAACAUGGGUGUAGCUGCUCGCGAGAUAAGGGCAUGUUGCAGCUGGCACCGAUAUCCGGUAACCUUAUGAGUCCCGCACUAAUUUAUGCAAAUAUAGUCCAUUCUGAUUGGAGGGUGAAGCAAGGACGAUUAGAGAAAGGUUGAAAGAAAGAAACGCUGUUUUGUACCGAAGGAGAUUACUCGCGGGUUUACUGAGCAAAGCAUAACCAAAUCGAGUACGGUAUCUUUUAAAGGUCAAAGACUAACAUUUAUCACAUUUGUUCAGAAACAAGGAAAAUAUGGAAGCAUUUUUAAAUCCUAAAGAAUCGGCCAAGUUUAUAGCAGAAAACAGCAAAGAUGUGUACAUUGAAGAUAGUGGUGUGCAAAAGGUUGCAGAGAUGUUGUUUGAUAAAGUCACAGGGAAGGAAUUCAGUGUCGCUGGCUGGAAGUCUUCACAUGAAUUAAACCCUCAAGAAGCAAGUGAAGAUGCAGUAAACUGGGUAUUUGUUGCUGAUGUGCUCAAUUUUUCCUUUUGGUCUGAACAUGAAGACCACAAAUGCUUGGUGAAAUACAAAGGCAAGACUUACAGUGGCUAUUGGUCUCUUUGUGCUGCCAUCAACAGAGCACUUGAUGAAGGAACACCCAUUACUAGUGCUUCUUAUUUUGCCACUAUGACCUUGGGUCAGUUGAAGCAUGCAUUUCGUUCUGAUACAGAAGUGCCUAUGCCUUUAAUCGAGGAGAGACAUCGUGUACUAAAUGAAGCUGGAACAAUUCUGCUGGAGAAAUUUGGGGGCUCCUACGUCACAUGUGUUAAAGAAAGUGGGAAAAGUGCCCAAAAAUUAUUACAGACAAUAGUGGAAAAUUUCCCAUCUUUUAGAGAUGAAGCUACAUUUCAGGGUAAAAAGGUAGCUUUUUACAAACGGGCUCAGAUCCUUGUGGCUGACACCUGGAGCGUGUUGGAGGGGAAAGGAGAUGGCUGCUUCAGUGAUAUUUCCAAAAUCUCUAUAUUUGCUGAUUACAGGAUACCACAAGUUCUUGUUCAUUUAGAAGCAAUGAGAUAUUCAGAAGAAUUAAUGAACAAACUUAAGAAAGGGCAUAUGUUCCAGUUUGGAGACAGUCAGGAAGUGGAGAUUCGAGGUUGUAGCAUUUGGUGUUGUGAGCUCAUUUGCAGCAGUUUGCUUGAACUUUAUAAAAAGAAAGGUGACAACAUGAGUGAAAAGAUCAAUGCAGUUCUCCUUGAUUAUUAUCUAUGGGACUAUGCUCGGGAUCAUCGAGAAGAUAUGAAAGGAGUACCUUUUCACUGUGUACGUUCCAUAUACUAUUAAUACCAUUUAUAAAUGAUAAUGAUAUAAA